AUGUCUUCCCUCGAGGAUCUCAUCCACCGACGCCGGCCGAGCCCUUGGCUUGUCUUUCUCCAAGCACCGUGUCUUUUUAUUGCGCGAUGGAUAUACUUGUACGCUUCAAAGCGCAGUCUCCCAUCUCGCCCAAUCACCAAUGCGCUCUCAGUCGUCUGUAUUUCAGACACCCAUAACAAGCAACCGCCCAUCCCCGAGAGCGAUAUUCUCAUCCACGCUGGUGACUUGACACAAUCAGGAUCUUUCGCUGAGCUGCAGACUACAGUAUCCUGGCUACGCAGCUUGCCUCACCUACACAAAAUAGUUAUCGCCGGAAAUCACGACACCUACCUUGACCCUAACUGGGGUGAUAGAUCUAAAACUUCCCACGACGAGCGCGAGGAAGUGGAUUGGGGAGAUAUUAUCUAUCUCCGAGAUGAACGACACACUCUCAAAUGCGCCAACGGUCGACAUAUCACGGUCUACGGGAGCCCAUGGACCCCAAAACAGGGCAACUGGGCUUUUCAGUAUCCACGAGCGGUGAAUAUAUGGAAUGGUAAAGUGCCCCGAGAAAUUGAUAUUCUGGUCACGCAUGGCCCUCCCAGAGGCCAUCUUGAUCUUUUGAAAUACGGGUGUGUGUACUUGUUGGAAAUAUUGUGGCAGCUGCAGCCUAAAUUACAUGUCUUUGGACAUAUACAUGAAGGAUAUGGAAGUGAGUGGCUGCCAUUCAAUGGCUUGCAGAAGGCGUUUGAAAAGAGCGUUAUUGAUGGGGGAGGAGCAAGCAAUCUAUUUUGGGUGGCUUGGGAGUUUUUGAAGGUCAUAUUUAUGCCGCGGUGGGAGGCGCAGACUAUGCUGGUGAAUGCGGCUAUGCUUGGGGGAUUGAGGGAUGAUUUGGAGCGGCAGCCGGCCAAGAUAUUGAUCUGA